CUACGCUGUUUCUGCACAUCCCUCAAGGGGCUUGAACUGAACUUCGCACAACCUACACACUCUAAAGCAUCACUGACUUUUCUCCUCGAAUAACCUAUUACGGAUUUAUCAUCAAUGAACAAACCUAAACUAUUGACUUUUCUCCUCAAAUAAAUUAUUACGAACAGUGUUCGGCACAUAUGAUUAACCGAAAAGGCAGCUGUCCAAGAUAAGGAAAAAUGACUUCCCUGGGGAGUGUGGAAAGCAAAGCAGUCCAGCCUCCUCCGGUCCCCAUCCGUGGCGCGGGAGAUGGCAUGGAAACAGAGCCGCCCCCAAAGUGCGUGGAGACGCCGAGCGGGAUCCAACCGCUGGGUCGGCCCGGCCUGCGGAGCCCUCGGAAGAAAGCCGGGCCUCCGCCUUCCCCGCCUCCCCUUGGCCCAGGCGUCCUGCGGCUCGGCCAGGCCCCGUCCCACAAAGCAGUGGAAGUGGAAGCCGUGCGCAUCGUGGUGCCCAGGGCCGCGGUCACCCAUGAGGUCCCGCCCAGAAACGGGAAGGUGGCCAAGCCCCUGGGGCACCACAAGGGUGACUUCCUGGGGGCGUCGGAAGGUGUCGUGGACCCCCGAAAGGAGCUGCAGGAGCUGAAGGGUGUGGUCGAGAAGCUCAGGAACUCGGAAAAGCGGCUACUUCAGGACAAAGAAGGGCUUUCCAACCAGCUACACGUCCAGACGGAGGUGAACCGGGAAUUAAAGAAGCUGCUGGUGGCGUCUGUCGGGGACGACGCGCAGUACCACUUCGAGCGGGUGGCUCGGGAGAAAAACCGGUUGAUUUUAGAGAAUGAGGCCCUGGGCCGGAACACGGCCCAGCUGUUGGAACAGCUGGAGCGGAUGUCCAUCCAGUGUGACGUGUGGCGCAGCAAAUUCCUGGCCUGCAGGGUUAUGGCAGACGAGUUGACCAACGCCAGAGCCGUUCUUCAGCGUCAAACCAGGGAAGCCCACAGCGCAAUCCAGGAUCUCCUGAGUGAACGGGAACAGUUUCGUCAGGAGAUGAUCGGUACCCAAAAAUUACUAGAGGAGCUAUUGGUUUCCCUGCAGUGGGGUAGAGAGCAGACCUAUUACCCUAAUGCCCAGCCCCACAGCACUGCAGAGCUGGCAGCAACAAAUCACAAGUUGGCCAAAGCAGUGAACUCACAUCUCCUGGGCAAUGUUGGCACAAAGAUUCCUAAAAAGACUCCGCAGCCAGUGGAAUUCUGCAGCAGCCCUGCUGAGAAAAUGGCCGAAACGGUUCUGCGAGUUUUGGAUCCAGUUUCCUGUUCCAGUGGGUCGUCGGAAGAACCAUUUUCCAAGUCCACUCCAGCCACCUUCCUGGCUUCCAAAAAAAAUAUUGGGCGGUUUCACCCAUUCACCCGAUAUGAAAAUAUAACUUUCAAUUGCUGCAAUCACUGCCAAGGAGAACUUAUCGCCCUUUAAAAUUAUACCACAUUUAAGGCAGUUCCUGCUAGGGUUUCGGGGACCUUGUUGUCUCUUUCCUAUCAUCUAGGUCAUUAUCUCUUUGCUUUUGGGUGUGGAGAUUUUUGCUGGACAGUUGUAUCAUGCUGUUUUUACUUAAACAUUGUAUUUAUGCUAUAGACUUGUUACAUGCUUUGGAUUCCAGAUCCCUAGCUGAUUUCUUCUCAGGGUGAGAAAAAGAGGUCAUAGAGGUGAGUGAGCCAGCUUUCCAAAGCACAACCUUGGACUCUCAAGGUGAUUUCCUGUGUCCAAGCAGUUAAUGCGAUUUAUUUUUUUUCCUCACUGAUUCGAAAAUUUUUCUGCCCUGAGAGUUAAGAUAAAUUGCUUAUUUAUUUUAUCUUUUUAAGUCUUCCUAGGUCAGGCUCUACUGUAUUACUGACCUCUAGCUGGUCAGGUUUUUGGGGGGGUUUGGUGCUCCUAUUAAAAUCAAGGUUGUAGUGAUGGUAAAUUUCAAAAUGAGAGGCAGGAGACAGUCAUGAAAAAUAUCUCCUCUGCUGGAUGGGAAGAGGAAACAAUUCCUGUGUAGUGCUGAAUGGGCUCUUGUUUGGUGAAGGUGCAACUUGAAAAUGAGAGAGAGAGAGAGAGAGAGAGAGAGAGAGAGAGAGAGAGUGUGUGUGUGUGUGUGUGUGUGUAAGCGAGAUUUGUGCAAGGGAAUCUUUUUGCAAGUGGAUGGAAGGAUAAAGAAAAGGAGCAAAAGACCUUGGCGUUUUGUUAGCUCUGAGAGUUGCAGUAUUUGGCAAUAAUACACACCUCAGAAAAUGUUUGGCCAAUUCAUUAUUAUUAUUAUUAUUGAUAUCCUGGUUUGGGCUUUCACAAAGUUCGUAGUAAAAAUGUAUCCAAAUGUGUACAUUUGAGAAUUGUAUAGCAUAUUGAAAAUGUUUUGUAAAAACAUAAAACGGCCAUCUGAAGGCCUAAGAAAACUAUCCCUUCAUUGGAAGCUUUACGAAAUUGCUACUUUUUCCUACUUUAAAGUGGCCCCACCUAUGCGCCUAUACCAUAUCUUGCAGAUCUGUUGCAGAAGUGCCUGCCAGAGAGACUUCCAAGUCUGAUUAAUGUUCUGACUGGACAUGAGUUUUGUGCCACUGAGGAAAAAACAAAACAAAAAAACCAUUUCUAGGUGCUGCAUUUGCUGUAACUCAAGCUGGCAGCGAGCAAUAAAAUCCUCUUCCUACUGUAUCC